AUGUCAGUAAAUCUCACCUUCGUGCCUUGUGGGUCUUUUGUGGAUAUUGGCUUUUGGAGUGAGAUUAAUAGGAGGAAGUUGAAUGAAUGGAAACUCGAUGAAUCUCCUAAAUCCUGCAAGGCUGCUUUUUCCAUUUAUGAUCUGGUGGGUAAUGAAUGCCGUUUGAAUUUCAGCCAUGAAAGCUUCGACAGUGACUCAUCUGGGCUGCCGGGGACUGUACUUCUUUUCAACACUAUAGAAGCUUUCAAGGCUCUGCCAAAAGGCGAAUUCAUCAAGCAACAGGGAAAUAAGAUAUGGGGUUCAAUAACUAGCGGUAAUUGGCUCGAAGAUCCGAUGAGUCUUCAGAACUUUUCACUAACACUAUUUGCUGACUUGAAGAAGUUCCAUUACUAUUACUGGCUUUGCACCCCAGCAGUAUUGAAUUUCCCACGUGAUCUCAAGGCACAGAUCAACUCAUGUAACGGGCUUGACAAGGAGGCUUUAUUGAAGUAUUAUGAAGAAUCUCAGCAAACAAUAUUCAUAAUUGAUGGAUCAACUUUUCAUCCUCUUUCCGCACUCAAAAGUUUCGCCACAAUGAAUGAUAAAAAAAUUGUUUUUGCUGACUCGUCACCAGUACCUGAUCACCCCGGUUGGGCUCUCAGAAAUCUGAUUGCUGCUGUUGCGGCGUUCAGAUGUGAUACUCAAUCGGCUACUUUUAUUUCCUUAAAAGGACAACAUGCUUUACAAGAGUUUGUUGUGUCGUGGUCACCAUCCGCGGUUCCAACUGAUAUCGAAUUCACAGGGUGGGAACCUAGUGCACAAGGAAAAAUGGCGCCUCGAGUAGUUGAUAUGAAAAAACAAUUCGAUCCUAAACAAUUAAUGAAGCAAUCAGUUGCGUUAAACUUGUCGUUAAUCAAAUGGCGUUUAGUUCCCGAGUUGCAGCUUGAUCGUUUUGAAAACUUGAAGGUUCUCAUAUUCGGGGCCGGUACUUUAGGAUGCAAUCUUGCCAGAAAUCUUAUGGCUUACAAUGUUCAAACUAUUACAUUCAUUGAUAAUUCCACCGUAAGCUAUAGCAACCCCGUGAGACAAUCCUUAUCAAAGUUCGAAGACGCUAGACUCAGUAGAGGAAAAGCUGAAACAGCAGCUGAAGCUUUAAAGGAAAUUUACCCCUCAAUUGAUGCUCAGGCGAUUCAUUUGACUGUUCCAAUGCCGGGUCAUCCGAUCAGCGCGAAUCAAGAGGAGCAGUUGAAAGCUGAGAUAGAAAGAUUAGAAGAUCUUGUAUCGAAACAUGACGUUCUCUUCCUGGCUCUAGAUAGUAGAGAAGCUAGAUGGUUACCAACAGUUAUAGCAAAUAAGUAUAAAAAGAUGGCGUUCAGUGUUGCUCUAGGCUUUGAUAACUACGUUGUGAUUCGUCAUGGUCUCUCGGGAGAUGAGGCAUGUUGGGAUAACGAAGAAAAACCUCAAUUAACGCCUGGUUCUCUUGUACCAUACUCGGAACUAGCUUGUUAUUUCUGCAGUGACGUCACAGCUCCCGGGAAUUCUAUGGGUGACCGCACUUUAGAUCAGCAAUGCACAGUGAGCAGACCCGGAUUGUCUCCUGUUGCCGCUGGGAUAGCAGUAGAGUUGAUGGCUUCAGUGCUACAGCAUAGAGAUCCUCGCGGAGCGAGCGCUAAUAUAGGAGAGCCUGAUGACUCGUCAUCAUUGCUCGGUGCGACUCCUCACCAAAUAAGAGGAUUUAUGUACAAAUUCCAACAAAUUACUCCAUGUGUUCGACGAUUCCAGAAAUGUGUUGCUUGUGGAGAAGCAGUAUGUAAAAGAUUUGAAGAAGAAGGAUGGGAGUUUGUCAAGCAGGUCUUGAACAGUCCUUCUGAAUUGGAACGGGUCUCCGGCUUAGAUUCUCUUCAAUUAUCCGUAGAUGAUGUACAAAUCGAUUUUAGUGAUAAUGAUUCUGUGAUGUCCUUAUAA